UGGUGGGGGGUUUGAUUAUGCAUAAAAACAAACAACAAGUAGCUGCAGCACAACAUAUAGCGGUAAACGAACCCACACUUGGGCAAAGUGUACGUAUGAAAACAAGUUUCAACGCCGCAAAAAUCGUACAAUUGGCCGCCAUGGAGUUCAUUAGCCAGUUCAUACGACUGGCGAGCAGACGCGCCACCGGAUUCAGUCCAAUCCUGCAGAGAAAUCGGACCACCGUCGUCCAAAAACAAUUUGUAACCCAUCGACAGGCACACAGCACCAUGGACACCACAAUCCACUCCGCGGGCAUUGGAGAGAUCCAUAUGGUUCCGAUGAGCGUCAUCCAGAGACCCAUACCCUCCGUUCUGGACGAGAAGAAGGUGCAAUCCCUGAUGGAGACCAUUAAGGGCGAAUCCAGCGAGGACGAGGUACCCCCCAUCGAUCUGCUGUGGAUCUCGGGCAGCGAGGGCGGCGACUACUACUUCAGCUUCGGCGGAUGCCACCGGUUCGAGGCCUACAAACGGCUCCAGCGGGAAGCGAUCAAGGCGAAGCUGGUGAAGUCCACUUUGGGGGACCUGUACCACUACAUGGGCUCCAGUGCACCCAAGUACCUGGCCUGAUCUUUGUACUCGAACGUCUGUUUUCUGUGUUCUAUUUUUUAUAGCAAAUGCAUUUUUCGUUAAUUUUUUUUGAUAA